AUGUCGCGAUCAACCUUCAUCGCCGCCCGCAACUCGCGGCACCGCACCGCAGCCCUGGCCCUCUAUCGUGCUCUCCUCCGGACUGCGAGUCGCAUCCCGCUAGCGGAAAAUGCGCCGAAACACCCACUUGCGCAGAUUGUUAGGAAGAGGUUCUCCAAGAAUACGGGGUAUACGAGUUAUAGGCUUAUAUACGCGGCAAUGGGGGCGGGAUACAAGUUUCUGGAUCUGCUCACAAAAGCGCAAACUCCCAAUUCUCCAGAACACAGCCAAGUUCUCAACCACCUCCAAUCCGUGCGCAACACCGCCGCUGUAUCCCGCACGAAGCCUCAUCCCAAACAACACAAACGCGCUCCUCCACCCGAGCCGCUCCUCAUCAACGUCGCCAAGGAAAACGAGCCUCCGAAAUACACAUCAAAUAUCCUUCCCAGGCCAAGGGAGUCGCUAAAGGGCCCCAGGAAAGUUCCCUCUGUGAGCGCAACUACAGAGGGACAGCCGUUUGUGCGGUUGAAGAAGCCGCAGCCGCAUACCUUGUCACGGAUGAUUGGUCGCAAGGAUCGGAUCUUUUCGAAUCGGAUCGAGAAUAUCAUGGAUCUCGAUGAGCGGGUGACUUCUGAGGCGGCGCUUGAGGAUGAGUGGGAUCGCAUGAUGGAUGAUUUGCUGGCAAAAGAGGGUGUUGAGAGGGCCAAGAGAAAGAAGCAAGCCUCUUACAGUUGGGAUGCAGAGAACAACGCCAAGAUGGAGACAUUUGGUUGGAGCGUGCAGCUUUCACGGCUGUGGUGGGAGUGGAAGGUUGAAAAGACGUGGGAGGACUGGAUCGCUAGGGGGAACGCCCUCCAAGAACUCGUUGAGCAAGAGAGAUCCCUAGCCGAGCGGGAAGAAGGGCAGAGCAAAGCUGCUACUGGGAGGGAUCAUCGUACACCACGGCGGAAUCCGCUUGAUUCGGACGACUCUCCGCCGAAUGUUGGAAUCAGCACUAUUCAAACAUUACCCCUAAUGGAUAUCUCUAGGGAUAUAGAGCUGCUAUCCGAUUCGGAGAAGGUGCAGGAUGGGGAAGCGCAUGACCCGUUCUUGUCGCCGUCUUGGAGUGCGUUGGUUAAGGCGCAGGAGAGCAGGAUGUUGAAGUGGACGGGCGGACGAGCUGAGAGGAGAGAGUGA